AAAACCGUCGCGUGGGUUGCCUACCCACGAUCGUGCCAAUAUUUAGAUUUUUGGGCAUUGCGAAGAAUGGACUUUGAAAUUAAGGAAACACUAGCGGCAGCCCAAUCGUAUCUGAACAAUCUGAAUCUCGUCAACGGUGAGCUGAAAAAUGCCGAGAAGCAAAUACGCGAAACGUACGAGGAAACGGUCAAAAAUAUCUCGGAUACGUUUUCUAACCUAGAGAAAUGUCUAGAGCAUUUGUUAAAAAUAAGGCGCAACGCGCUACUGGAAGAAGCUGAACAGAUCAAGGAAAGGGGCUUGCUGCCCCUGAAACAGUCUUUAAAGAUUGUAUCGGAGAAGAUUGAUAAUACAAACCAGCUGAUCGUUCUGGGCCAGGCGAUCAACAAGUCUGGGAAUGACGACACAGUGGACGCGUUUUUAGGGAGCGCUAGUUUGUUGGGAACCUUGCCCGAAGUGCCCGAGCUCAAAGAAGUGCCUUUCAUUAGUUUUCAAGUGGAGCCGUCUCAUCGGCAAGACAUUGAAACUAUUUGCUCCAAUUUCGGCGAAAUUUAUCACAUUGGCCCCGUGCAGAUAAAGACUGCCCAAGAAAAGCCCGGUGCCAUACUAGUUGAGUGGGAACAGCGCAUUGACAACGAGGACAGGUGCAGGGACGUGCAAGAAUUUCGGUUGCAGAGAGUAUCGGGAGACGUAACAAAAUAUACAAAUUUGACAGAUCACUUUCUCGAUUGUUACAUAGGGGCGGACACUCAGUUUUUAGCGCGAGACUUGCAAGUAUCGCGGCCAUAUUCGUUUCGUGUUUGCUGCAAGUUCGACGGCACUACUGAGUGGAGUCCGUGGUCUGUGGCGCAAGUCGCCCUCACCAACGUUCGCGGCUUUUGUUGGCGGCAAACUUCCGGCUUUAGACUGUCUCACAACGACAAGAUCGCCCAGGCUUUGGGUGACCAUGCUACGAUCCUGUACUCAGACGGGCCUCAAGUUUCCGCACACGAUUCUGUCGAAUUCACGAUUUUAGAGGUGGACACAGCGGACGCCUUCCUUGGCUUGAUCCCUCGCGAUGAUUUAAAUUUGAAAAAAUUAAUCGACGACAAAGGCGGAUCUCUGGUUUUGACUCGGGACGGCAGAAUUUUCAUCGACGGUGUCGAAAAAUCGACGGUCUUGCCACAAUUCGUCAAAGGGCUAAAGGUUUGUUUUUCCUGCGAAAGGUUACCGGGUUCCAAGAUACGAGUUAACGUGGACUCGAGCGAUAAACGAGUCACCUACGAUUGGCAGACCGACGAUUCACCAUUGCAUUUUGCUUGCCAGCUUUGGUCCAACCGGUGGAAAAUUAUGGUCGAAUGACGCGUAUAUAUAAUCAUUGAUUUGUAUAUUCUACACCAACUGAAUCAAUAAAUCGUUACAU